CCGCGGGAGCCGCGGCGGCUGCAGGUUCCGGAGCUGGUGGGAGUCGCGCGCUGCAGCCUCGUUCGGUCCCGGCCCCUGCCCGGCCCGGCCCCAGCCCGCGGGCGUCGCCGCGCUGCGCUGCCCGGCCAGGCCCAAGGCGCUAGGACAAAGCGGCAGCCGGCGGGCCCCAGGGGGCGGAUUCUCCUGCAGCAGCGGGCCAACCCGGCUCCAAGAUGGUGUGCGGGGGCUUCGCGUGCUCUAAGAACUGCCUGUGCGCGCUCAACCUGCUCUACACCUUGGUUAGUCUGUUGCUAAUCGGGAUUGCUGCCUGGGGUAUCGGCUUUGGGCUGAUUUCCAGUCUCCGAGUGGUCGUUGUGGUCAUCGCAGUGGGAAUCUUCUUGUUCCUGAUCGCGCUGGUGGGGCUGAUCGGUGCUGUCAAACACCAUCAGGUGUUGCUGUUUUUUUAUAUGAUUAUUCUCUUACUUGUAUUUAUUGUUCAGUUUUCUGUGUCUUGUGCUUGUUUAGCCCUGAAUCAGGAGCAGCAGAGUCAGCUUCUGGAAGUUGGCUGGAACAGUACCGCAAGUGCUCGAAAUGACAUCCAGAGAAAUCUAAACUGCUGUGGAUUCCGAAGUUUUAACCCAAAUGACACCUGCCCGGCUAGCUGUUUUAAAGAUGUCCAUCCGUGCCCACCCUGUGCUCCAAUAAUAGGAAGAUAUGCGGGAGAGGUUUUGAGAUUUGUUGGUGGCAUUGGCCUCUUCUUCAGUUUCACAGAGAUCCUGGGCGUUUGGCUGACCUAUAGGUACAGGAACCAGAAAGAUCCUCGUGCUAACCCUAGUGCGUUCCUUUGAUGAAGAAACAAGGAAAAUCUUUCAUAUCCUGACUUUUGUCCAUUUCUCAUCUAGUUUUAAAUUAAGCUAACAUGCUCAUUUAAUCAAGGAAGCAGUAUCUAAAAACUCACAUUAUCAACAGUGGAAUUACAUAUUUUUUUUCUUUCAUUUCUCUAAAUGUUUUUUCUUUUUCCAUUGCUGACAAGAAGAAAAACGGAAACUCCUUGAUCUCUUUUGACCCUUGGUGGUUCCCGUAACCUACUGUAUUCACAGUGUCUGGCACUGUCCACUGUGGCCUUCCUUAGCAUUUUUAUCUGCAGAAAUCCUUUGUAUGACACUACUAUGUUGAUCAUAUUGUGAAACGAAAUAUGCAUUUCACUGGAAAAAUUGUAUGGAGCACUGUGCUGUGUAGAUAGUUCCCACUGGAAAAAGUUGAUGUUACUAAGGCCGGAAAGUUAAGAGCUUCUAUAAUGUUAAAUUCCAUAAGGGAAACCCAGAUUCCCAAUAUUUUUUGUCCUUUAGGAAAACGUGUUGUGAAAAGUGUUAAUAUAAAAGUGAUAAUUUAGUUCUAGUAGCCUUUCAUGAUUAUACCGAUGUAUUGUAGAAAUAGCUAUGUCUUUAGGAAAUUGUGGAUUUGUUUUUGACUUUCACAGGUAAGUGCAAAGCAGAAGUGAUUUCAUGAAAUAUUGUAAUGUUAAACAUUUAUCUUCAGCUUUCAAAAUGGAAUGACUUUCAGAAAGUAUAAGUAUAUAAUCUCUGUGUUCUUUUUUUAAGAUAAUUUAAACUCCACAAGACUGCAUUUUUAAACAAUUUACUAUUUUAAUGUGUUGGCCCAUGUAGCAAAAAGAUAUUUGAUUAUCUUAAAAAUUGUUAAAUGACUUUUUCAUGAAAUUUCUCAGUAUUGUAAUAAGGACUUGUUGAAUUCAAGCAUAUUUGAAUGUGAUAACCCUUAUAAUUUGAAAUUGAAUUAGUAUUGUGGUUCUGUAUAUUAAGUUAAAAAUAAAAAGCUGAAAACCUUU